UUUUCCAGCUAAAUAUGGGGUAUUUAUCUAUAAAGACCUCCAGAAGGCCAGGUGAAGACAUCACAUGGGAAACCUAUAACUGGAGUUUCCCCAGGUUGCUCUUAGCUGGAUCUGCCCUGAUUUUCUGAUCACAGCAGUGGCCCUAGUGGUGAUGCAGAGCUGGGAGAGCUUGAAAAUGCCAAAACACCAAAGUCCUGGGGUUUUGAUCCAGCUGUAGUAUGCAGAUCCCUUCCAGAAUGGCACAUGAAAUGCCUCCCUCUUCCACUCCCCCAUUCUUUUUAGCAAAAAGCCUUCCCAGGACCCUGAGCUGCAUCACCACCCCUUACUUUGGUGUGUUUAGAAAACAAUUAAACCCAGCAAUCAGAAAGUUUAUGCAUUUUUUAAAAAAAUACUGCAUAGUUAGUGGGCCAAGGGAUUUAGAGAUGGAUUUCCUGAGCCCUUUCCCGUUUUUUUCUGGGGGUAGCAGUGCUCCCCAUCCCCUCCAGCUUGGCCCUUUAAGUAACUUGAGCCUCCGGGCUGCAAAUCCCAGUCUCCAACUAAAAGGAUGGAAAAGCUGUUUCUCCCCUUCCCCCUUCUGGGUCUUUUCUUUUGAAAGCAACUAUCUUCUAUGCCAUGAUGGGAAGAGAGAGAUCACCAAAAGACAGAGCAGCUUUCAGAGCAUCCCACUCCCGUAUCAGGACAAACUGGCAGCUUCUCCACCCUGCAAUGCUUCUGACAGCGCUUUUUUUCCACCUUUCCUCCCCUCCCGCCAGCCUUUGGCAAACCUCAGCUGAUUUCCAAACCCUCCGUGGCUGCUGGGGGUUGGUACAAAGGUUUAAUUAUUUGCCUUUUCUUGGGUAAGGCGGGGAUAGGGUCGGGCCCCAUCGCCUGACACUGCUAAUCUCGCCCACUUUUAUUGUGCGGCCCCUCUCUCCCACCUCCCUUCCUCCCCUGCCUCCCUCCCAGGGAUUCAUUCCCACCAUGAAUCCGCAGGCGGUUUGGGGAUGCUUUUCCCUGCUUUGCUUUUCCCUCCUGAGAGCAGCAAAAGGUAAGAGAGAUUUUGGGCUGAUUUAGGUCCAGGGAUUCUAUGGGGUCUGGAUGCCCGGGGAGGUGAGAUGCUCAUCCCAGCACUUCCCUGGCUCCAGCCAAGCAGGGAACAGAGACAACAAGCAGGGCAAACUGCAAACAGCACGAGCAUCUCCUGAAGGCUGGGAAAUUUUGGGGAUUGUGGAAGUCCUUCCUGCUGGGGGGGUGAGAAAAAUCAGAGAACUGUAGCAUUGUAAUCUGCACACCGUGCAGAACCGUAAAAACUCUUCAGUCUGUCUCACAGAGGAAAGCCCCAGGGACUGAGCUGGAUUUCCAUUGAUUCAUUCGUUGUUUAAAGCAGCAAAGCUAUAAAACAUUUCAGAAGCCGAACAAGUGCAUCACAUUUGCAAGAGAAUUUCAAGUGACCUCAAAAACCAGAUUUGACUGGUUUUGUCAUGGCAAAGGCAACCCUCCUCCUUUCAAUCACACUUGUAUAUGAGCAGGAGAAGGGACUCCAAAUAAAUCUAGAGAAAUAAGAUUAAAUCAGAGUUUUUGAUCUAAUGCUGUCCCAUCAAGUUCAUUUUGCCUUAGCACAAGGACAGUGAUUUAAUUGGAAGUUCUGAUGGAAAACUCAUAAUAUGAAGAAUUCAGCUUAUUUUCUCCCCUACAAACGUUGAUUGUGCCCCAGUUAAUGCCCAGUGCUGAAAAGGCAGUGGAAAUAUCCCUCCUGUCUGUUCAUGCUCAGGAAACUUCCCUUCAAGAUUAAAGUGUGUUUCUUUGGCAUUUCUAAGUCCUGAAGUCCCCAAGCAGAGCCUCUCUUUGAACAUCAUUUUUUAAGGCAGGGUUGGAAACAUGAGCAGGAAUCAGCUGUCAGCCUGGAGAACACCCAAAUUUCCAACCCACAGGCACAAGUAAUUCCCCAUGAAAACCUUUCCAUCAGCUGGACUUCCAGGAGAUGGAGUGAUACAGGUCAUCAGCACCCCCGCAAGUCUGGGAUGGAGGUUUCUGGCUAUGGGAAGUGCUGGUGAUCCAUGACCCCUUACCUUCAGCAUUUCCAUCUUUCCUCAGGGAAUCUGCAGCUGCUUUCUUUCCAGCCCAGGACCCUGUAUCAGUACCAGUACAGCCUGGAUGUCCAGCUGCACCACACCUCCACACCAUCCCCGUGGGGAGCCUGGCUGCAGGCUCAGACAUUGAUCCAUCUGCACCGGCUCUGGAGGGACCAAGGCGGGGAAGAGCUGCUCCAGGUGCAGAUCCGUGACCUGAGGGCCCAACACCACCCAGAAGAGGAGAGGAGCCAGGACAGCACCGGAGGUUCCCCUGUAGAGAUUGCACUGAGCCCAGAGGCAAGGGCAGAACUCCAGCAGCCAGUGUUCAUCUUCUGGAACAGUGGCAAGGUCAAAGCUUUCUAUGGGAAUGGAGCGGAAAACAUCCUGAUCUCCAACCUGAAACGAGGCAUCGUCAGUCUGCUCCAGCUUCAGCCCCAUGCUGGCACCACAGUGGAGGAAGACGCCUCUGGAAGCUGCCAAGUCACCUACACCGUGUCCAACCAUUCCAUCACCAAGACCAAAGAUCUCCUCAGCUGCUCAAAGCCAAAGUCUGGAUUCACCUCCAUAAACAAAAUUUUUGGAGUCGAGUGGCAGCCCUCCAGCAGAAGCCAGUAUGUGGUGAAAGACAACCUGCUCCAGUCAGUCCUGGCAGAGGAAAGCCACGUGCUGGCUCCAGCCCUGAGAUCCCGCUCCGGCAUCAAAAUCAGCUCAAGGCAGCAGCUCCAGCUGGUGUCUCCUGCAAUGCCUGGGCCAGCAGAGGUGUCUGGACACAGCCUUAAGGAUGUGCUGGCUGGCACAAAGGCACGGCCCCAGCCCCUGGGCAUGGCCAGCCUGCCCUUCAGGAGAGUCUGCACGCACUGCACAUCGCUGAGAGCCUUCCUGAAGGAUUUUGACGGGCGGAGAGUCAAAACAGACACCUCGAAGGCGGCGACAACCUGGCAGUUCCAGAGCUUCAUCCAGAUGCUGCGCAGCGCCAAGAAGAGGGACGUCCUGCAGCUGCUGAGGAGAGCGCACGAGGAGACGCGCCCCUUCCUCGUGGAGGCAGCGGUGGCCACGCAGUCGGUGGCUUCCUUGGCAGCGCUCUCAGACUUCCUGGAUUUCAGCAAGGAGCCCAAGUCCCUCCUGGAGAAGUUUCUCUACACAGCAGCUUUCUCUCCCCGGCCUUCAGGAGAGCUUCUCCAGCUUGUCUUAGACAAGCUGGAUGGGAAGCAGCUGGCACCUGAGAUCUGGGAGACAGGAAUAAUUGCUGUGGGCUCUCUGGUGGGCAAGCUGUGCCAGCAGAAGCUCUGUGGGCUGCAGGUGGUGGAGCGUGGGGUGGAAACCAUCCUCAGGGGGCUCAGAGGUGCCGAGGAGGAGCCCUUGGUGGUCAUUUAUCUGCUGGCCCUGGGGAAUGCGAUGCUCCCUGAGACCAUCCCCACCCUCCUGGACCACGCCGAGGACGGUCCCACAGCCGUCACGGCCGCGGCCACCUCUGCCCUGCAGCGAUUCCCCGCUCCCCACAUCUCCAGCAAGGUGAAGCAAGUGAUGAGGAGGAUUUUCCACCAGAAGAGGAAGAGUUAUGACAAAACCUGUCGCCUGGCCGCUGCCGAAAUCCUUCUGGAUAACCACCCCUUGUCCAUGGAUGUCAUCAACAUCCUGCUGGCCACCAGCGAGAUGGAGACAGAGAUGGCCACGUUCCUGCUGCUGAAAGUCCAGAACAGCCUGCGUGACCACCACGUGGCAAAGAAGAUAAUGAAAGACAUCAUGGGAGACCCACAGAUAAAUAAUUACAAUUUCUUCUCUAAAGUCGGCAUCUCCUCUUCUUUCUCGGGACCUCUGACAGUCACCCAGGACCUGACUUCCACUUUUGGGCUGGACCUGCUGUUUUUGGAGGGUGGAUUCCUGAGGAAGAGCGUCUCUGACUUCUCCCUGCUCAGCCACGGCCAGAGGCUUCGUGCAGCUCAGGUCACCUUUGAAGCACAAGGGAUGGAGUCGAUGAUGGGAGAGAACCUCUCGGAAGGGGAAGAGGAGCCAGAGCUCAUGGCUGGGAUGUCAGCCACCUUCUUUGACGUCCAGCUGCGGCCAGUCAUCUUCUUCCAGGGAUACACAGACCUAAUGGCCAAGGUCCUGCUGAGCAGUGGAGAGCCCACCAGCGUGGUCAGAGGGAACCUCCUGCUGAUGGACCAUCACCAGGUCAUUCCUCUGCAGUCUGGCCUCCAAGUGACCGUCAAACUCCAGGGUGGGCUGGGGCUGGACAUUUCAGCAGACAUAGACGUGAGCGUUUGGGAGCAGGAGCUGAAAACCAGCGUCAGUGCGAGGGGAAGCCUUGCCAUGGAUUUCCAGGCAGAACUGGAUUCCCCUUUCCUCCAAGCCACCCUGAGGAGCCAGACAGAGGUGGAGACCUCGAUCCAUUUCGACACCAAGCUGAGGUUUUCCAGCAGCCCCGUGCUCAUGUGCCUGCAGCUGAGAGAGGAACAGGUCCCCUACAGAGAAAUCUUCACAGUUUCCCAGUCUGCUGGGAGCCAGAGCAGCACUGCUCGGAAAGGCCGGCGUGGCACCGUGCCCGGGAGGGAAUUUGCCUUGCACCAAACCAAUUCCAAGGUCUGCAACCUCCUGCUGACUGCAGAAAAAGAGUAAGGAGUCAGAGCACUUCGGGAUUCUCCUCCACAACCACCUUUGAAUUAGAAAGAUGCUGCAAUAAGGACAUCAGAAGGGACCACAGGAGGAACUGCUGAAGAACAGACACACCCCCUUGCCUCCAAACCUGCCCUCACAACCCAAAGGCUGGGAUUUCCCCCUCCUGGGCUCCCCGCCUUCAUGGGGAAGGGCCCUGCUGGAAGCCAAGCUUUUCCUCAUGAAAAACAACCUUAUUUUGCAAGUGAAUGAGUUUCUGAGAGCCCAAGAAACCCUCCUGAAAGACUGCAUCCCAAAAUGCCAUGUUUUCUCCCCAUUUAUCAAAGCUGUCAGGAGGGGACACAUCUGCAGCCAGCUGUAAGUCCCCAGUGAAGGGAAUAAAUCAUUUUCCUUGGUUGGGAGGUUGGCCUCCCAAGCUGAAUUGUUAUCAUCCACCACCACCACCCAACACCUCCAGCACUGGAAGGAGAUCAGUGAGGAAAAAGCAGCAUUUCUCCAUUCCUUCCUGAUAUAAUAAUGUGCCUUGGAAGUAUUUUGAGCUUUUUUUUUUUUACUUUUUUUUUUUUUUUGUGUGUGUGUGUGUGUGUAUGUGUUACAAAAUAAGUUUUUUAGUACAGAAAAGAGGGAUAUGGAACAUAUUUUUUAAAGUUAUGAGCCUGAAAUGUUAGCACUGAGUCUCCUGGCUGAGUGGAGGAAACUUGCCUGGUAUUCCAUCUGGAGACACCAACUACAGGCACUUUGGUUAUGUACAGAAAUAAAUGCCAUGUAUUUUUA